GGAAUACCAACUUAACAGAAACAUCGAAGAACUUAACCGACUGCGUCCCAGAAUGAUUGCAGAUUGCCUGAGAGAAGAGAAUAUGGAGAGCGAGAAUAUACAAGUCAACGAUACCGAUCUAAUCUUUGGAAAACCAACAACAAUACAAGUUCCACAUCUGAAACCUGUAGAACCAAUAACAACCUUUCUUCAAAAGAUCAUACAGAAAGAUUCAAUUCCUAAAGAAGAACUUAGGAAAAGAUGGAAUAACAUAAAAUCUGAGCAAGAGAAGAUGUUAAAACAGAGGAACAAAUCGAAGGAAAAAAUCGCCUAUUGGAUAUCAACAAUCAAGGAAUUGGAGUACCAACUAAACAGAAACGCCGAAGAACUUAACCGUCUGCAUGGUAGAAUGAUAGCAGAUUGCCUGAGUGAAGAUUAGAAGAAGAAGAUCAGAAGAUUACAAGAUUACUAC